AUGGCUGAUCCCCGCAUUGGCUGGUCCAGAUACCUUGCUCAGAAAAACGAAUAUGAGCUAGAUUCUCUACUCCGACAGGGCAGCUUUAAGCCACUUCUUCUCUAUCAUGUUGUUUUCUUCAACUUACUCUCUUGGAUCGCUCUGGUCAUCCCCCAGUCCAGAGGCGGCAGGUAUUUUCGACCAUUGGUCUUUGCACUGAGCUUGGCAUUUGCCCUGGAGGUUAUUCAGAAUCAUCGAGCUCUCCUAGGCGGAAAUGGAUAUAUGAUUGGCAUGAUGAUGGCAUGGUGGCUGGUAUGGAGUGCCACACUAUUCGUGUUCUCGGAUGUUGAGAAUGACUUUCAACGCAUUGAGCGUGUGGCUUCAUCUGAGACUCAAAGCUCAAGUGGCAAUGGCUUGGAUGACAGCUCAGCACCUUUACCAGAGGACACCCCCACAGACCAGCAGGUGCAGUUUCGUUGGCAGUCCUACCCCUCCAAAUUAUCACAUCGGAUGGAGUGGUGUGCAGGUCUACUUUUCAACCUCCGUGGCCCGGAGUGGAAUUGGCGUGCUCCUCGACUUGGUAGGCUACCUCGAAAAGUUCAUGCACAUCUGCAUUCUGGCUUCCUGGCAAGCAAUCUCCACUCAGAGGAUGACGGGGAUUACAUAUCUGCAAAAAGUUGUCUUUCAAAAGCAUUUCGCGUCUUUCUCAUCUCAUAUCUUACCCUUGAUGCUUUGAAAGUUAUAAUGAUACGGGACCCCUACUUUCGGAACACAGUCGUGACUGAUUUAGCACCUCAAUUUCCCCUCUCCUUCCUCACAUCUAUACCCUUGGGUGUUCGCUUCUAUCGGUGCUUUGUCAGUUGUAUGGGAGUCUACGUCGCCCUCCAAUAUGUUACCUGCCUCAGUCCUAUCUUCUUUCUCGGAUUAUCCCUAGCAUUCCCCAAUGCCUCCCGCAAAUUAACAGCUGCCCCACUGGACGUAUCGUGGCUGUAUGCUGAUACCUUUGGCCCAUUCUUUUCAUCUGUGUUGGAUGAAGGUCUAGCGGGUGUUUGGGGAACCUGGUGGCACCAGCUCUUCAGACACGGCUUCAUUUCUACAGCGCGAUGGGUCUUAUCACUACUCCCAAGUUCAUGGCGAAAAAACCCACAAAUUAAACGCAUAACCUAUGUCGUGGUCGCGUUUUCGAUGAGCGGGCUGGUGCAUGCUUGCGGCAGCUAUACACAGUUCACUGAGACUCGACCCCUUACUGGGCCUUUCUUAUUCUUUUUCAUACAAAGCCUGGCCAUCAUCGUUGAACAUACCUUCCAUACUAUGGUACUCUCGAAACUGCCCAUCAGCGGUAUUCCACGGUGGGUACGACGUACUGCAAACGGUCUUAUUGUGUUUUCCUGGUUGCUGUAUUCGGGACCUUUCAUCGCCGAUGACUUUGCCAGGGGUGGGCUAUGGUUGAUGGAACCUGUGCCAAUCAGUCCCCUCCGCGGUCUGGGAUUAGGAGAAGGCCAGGGAUGGUGGUGCUGGCAGGGCGAAUGGUUCAGUCAUUGGAAUGAUGGAACUUAUUGGGGCAGUGGGAUACGAGUAAUUUAG